AUGUUCGACCGAAACUACAGAUUGGCAACAUGGCACGCCAAGGAGGCACUGGCGCUCGGACGUGCUGCUAAAUGGGACAACUUGCCCGGUGCCUUCGAGCCAGAAGAAGGUUGGGAUAAUAGGCUCAUAACGAAGAUAGAGGAGGAUCAAGAUGUGUUGAAUAUGGCACUUGAUAUCCAGCGUAAAGAGCUGAUGCGGGACUCUGACGGCAACCAGUGGUUAACAAUCAAGUCCGAAGAGCAAGAGAGUGACGACGAAUAUGACAUGGAUGAUCCCCUUUGGGCCAAUGAUGAAGUGCUCACACAAUGGGCACAAUCCUGCGUUUGCCCACUGCGGCGCAUCCAUAGUCAGUAUUAUCUCCCACCAACCAGAAUAGAACAAGUAUCUGUUUGCAUCGCAAGGAUGCCUCCCAAGUACGUCUUCAUAAACGACACUCUAACACAAAACCAGAUCCAGCAUCUGGAAAAGUAUUUCAAUGCAGCCAUGCAAGCUUUUAAAGCGGAGGAUCAGUCUAAUGCGAAGUUGCGACAUCACUUGAGGCACCGUGUGGGUUUCUCAGAACAGGAUGAGAUAGAUCGAUACGAGGACAGAGAUUCAUUCUUUCGACCAGAAUACGUUGAGGUGGUUGAUCGCCAACGUGUGGUACUGGAGGUCUUCGCGCUGCGGGCGAAGACAGGCGCAGCCGAGUGGCAGGUGCGGAUCGCGCGACUUGCAUACAUGCGAAUAAACAUCCCUAUACAAAGCCCGAGUCACACGAAGGGCAUGCAGGACCUGCUUUCAAGGUUUGUCGCUCCUUAUCAUCAGAUUUUUCUCAACACACGAUGGACGAAACCAACGAGCUGCUCAAUAGACAGGAGCGGGAAUGCAGGAGAAAACUUGAGCAGUUGCGAAUCUCUCGCGAGAAGCAGCGCGCCCGACGGCGAGAAAAGGUUCGAUUCUUUCUACGCAACGAUAGAGGAGUUGGUGGAUUCUGAUGUGAUCCUACACGUCCGCGAUAUGUCCAGUGAGACCACUGUCGAAGAGUAUGAUGCUGUUAUACAGUCACUUAAAGGUUGUGGCUUCACUGAUGAACAUAUCCGGAAUCGAAUAGUCGAAGUCUGGAAUAAAGUCGACAAGCUCAGUGAAGUUGAGCUACAUGCGGCUUUGGCCGCGCAACAUGAGGACGCUGAGGCGAAGGAGCCAAUUCUUGUAUCAGCUCAGGAUGGCACCGGAAUUAAAGUACAGUACUGGGUCAUUCAUGUCGGUCACGAAAAGCACACUUUCGAUUAUCAUUACACUUUACUGACCGAUCUGUUGGAUGAGAUCGUAAAUGCUAGAUUGCGUACCAAGGUCAUCACCGUGGAUAUGCCUUGUGGAGACACUAACGCGCGAAUGCAAUUCCUCAACGAAUAUGCGGAGGCCGUGUAA